UUUUAAAUUUGAAAUGGCGACGGUGGGAGACUUGAAAAGUGUAUUGAAGGAGACGUUGGAAAGUAGAGGCGUACUCGGCCAGAUUCGAGCUCGUGUGCGUGCAGAAGUAUUCAACGCAUUGGACGAACAGAGCGAAGAGCGUCCUCCUCUUUCAAACGAGAACAUGAUAAUAAACGAACUGAUCAGAGAAUACUUGGAAUUCAACCGAUACAGAUACACCUGUUCGGUCCUGAUGUCAGAAACAGGACAACCUAGAGAGGCACUCGACCGUCAAUUUUUAGCCAAUGAACUGAAUUUGUCUCAAGACGAAUCGAGCUCAUCUGUGCCACUGCUCUAUGGAAUUUUGUCUCAUUUUAUGAGUGGAAGGAAGAGAGUAUACGAAAGUCGUCAUUCUGCAGCGUUAGGACAGCAGAGGCAAACGAGAAUGGAUCAGAAUGAAGUCGAGACUUUGCAAGAGACUGAAGAGUUGAAUGUAGCCAGACCGGGAAGUCUGCUUGUAAACGGUAGAACAGCGCCAUAAGCUGUUUGAUUUAGUUUCUUAGUGAAUGUACAACAAAA